GCGCCGCCGAGCGGGGCGGGGCGGUUGCGCGCAUGCGCGCUGGCGGCGGAGGGGGAAGUGAGGCGGGCUCGCGCGGGCUCCUUUUCCGGCGGUGCUUGGCUGAGGGAGCGGCGCGGAGCGGAGCCGGCCCCCUCCGACCCUCCGCGGGCGGCCCUUGAGGCAGGACGCGGGAGCCGCCGCCCCUCCUGAGCCGGCAUCCAUGAGCUGAGGCGCCGGGGCGGGAGCCAAGGCAGGAGCCGGGCGGAGCCGCCGCCUCAAGGCCCGGCGGAGCGCGGCGCGGCCCCUCUUCCCGCCCCGCCAGGCCUCACCUCACCACCUCCCCCCCCUCCCCCGCCACCACACACUCCGCUUCUUCCGCAGCCGCCCCAUGCGCGGCCGGCGCUGAGCCCCGCCUGCCCUUGCCCUGACACCCGGCCCCGCUCCGGCCUUCCCCCCCCCCCCCUUCCCCCUUUCCCCCGCCCCGCGUGGGCCGCUCGCCCUCCGCUCCCCCUCACCCCACCCCGGAGGCGCCGGGCCCCUUGGAUGCCGCCGAGAUGGGCAAGGUGCUGUCCAAGAUCUUCGGCAACAAGGAGAUGCGGAUCCUGAUGCUGGGUCUGGACGCGGCUGGUAAAACCACCAUCCUGUACAAACUGAAGCUGGGCCAGUCCGUCACCACCAUCCCCACCGUGGGCUUCAACGUGGAGACGGUUACUUACAAAAACGUCAAGUUCAACGUGUGGGAUGUCGGGGGCCAGGACAAGAUCCGUCCCCUCUGGAGGCACUACUACACGGGCACGCAAGGGUUGAUCUUUGUGGUGGACUGCGCCGAUCGCGACCGCAUCGACGAGGCCCGCCAGGAGCUCCACCGCAUCAUCAACGACAGGGAGAUGCGGGACGCCAUCAUCCUCAUCUUCGCCAACAAGCAGGACCUGCCUGAUGCCAUGAAACCCCAUGAAAUCCAGGAGAAACUGGGCCUGACCCGAAUUAGGGAUAGGAAUUGGUACGUGCAGCCCUCCUGUGCUACUACAGGGGAUGGACUCUAUGAAGGGCUGACAUGGUUAACAUCCAAUUAUAAAUCCUAAUGAGAGAAUAACUAUUUAGUCUACAAAGAAUUAAAGAAAAAAAAAAAUAACCCACAUGGCUUUCCGGAAGAAUGAUUCUCUACUGAAAAGUAAAACAAAAGCAUCCAUAGGAUUAUGAUCACCUUUCUCCAGUUACCACCCUUUCCUUCUGCACACUUGACUGGAUUCCUGUUUUAACUCUUCUUGCUUGGCGUUAGGAUGCUCUAAUCUCCGAAUGUGACACGAACACAAGCACUAGAUGCUAUGGCAGACUUCCAGCAAACAGGGGAAAGACACAUUGUAGACUUGCUAAGUAACUUCUUUUUUUUUUUUUUCUUCUCUUGAUAGCCCUUAAGAUGGUUUGAUUAUUUUGGGGGAUGGUUGGGGGAGGGUUACCAUUUUCAGUGUAUGCUUUCUGGUUCUACUUUUUUGAUUAUAUAUAUAUAUUUUUUUCUUCUAUCACUUGCUGUAGAUUGCUACUUUUUUGCAUUCAUGCAGAAUAUGUUGAUAGGUCUACUUCAUCUAGUAAACUGAAAAUUAUUGCUUAAAAUCAAACUGCAGUCUGUCUUUUUAUAUUAAGGACUUUUUUUAAAGUUCUGUUAAUCUGUAACUAAAUAGUGACUCUCAGUCUGUCUUCAUAUCUCAGACUAAUAGUGAAACGAAUUCUUGCCUACAGUGGCAGAUAGUGAGAAUACCAUUGUAACAUGUUCAAAGUGCAUAUCAGGCAUAAUGUUAACUAGGUAAUGUAAGAACUGCUUUGAAAUGUCAGCUGUGAAGUUCUGAACCAUACAUCAUGCAUGAGAAGGGAUGCAAAUGAGUUCCCCAUACUACAUAGCAACCAUAUAGCAAAUAAAGACAUGAAUGAUGUAAUAGUUCCAGGGUAGAUGCUGUUCAGUUUUUGUCUUGCAUUGCAAACUUAAAUGAUGUUUAGCUGCAGUUUUUACUACUCAUGUCAGUCUCCGAUUCAAUGCAAGAUAGGUUCCUUCCAGAAAAUGCAGCAAUAACGUGUAAGCAUUGCAACAAGUCUUAUUUUCAAUCACAGAGGUUUCUCAAAAAUCUAGCACCGACUUGCCUGUCUUGCAAUCGAGACAAAUUGCUUUCAUCUCAAGGCAGUUGCAGACAUCUAAAUCUUAAAAGGAUUUCUGAUUCUUUCCAACAUGCGUGUAGUGGAGAAAGAAAAAAAUUUAUUUUUUUCCAUUUUGUAGACUUCUGAAGUGGCAAGUUCCGUGCUAACCUGUAGUUGAGCUCGGUAAUUCUGACAUCUGAAUAAUAGCCAUUUUGAGGAAAUCACUCAUUGCUUUAGUUUUCCAAGACUGACUGAACUCAAGCAAGUAGUUGCAGUCCUCGCCAUCCGUCUCGGUAGCUGGUUGUUGCUGUAGUCCUGUAGGAAGGGAACUAUGUUGGAUGUCUGAAGCCCAUUGAGUAACUACUAAUGAGAGCGGGGAGGAGAGAGAGAGAGAGAAUACGACUAUGAAUGUAAACUUCCAUAAUUAGUUCUUAAAGGGCAAGCAGCUCAUUUGCCAUAUCACAGCUUGCAGAUGUGACUGGCAAAAUAAAAAACCCCACCCAGAACAAGUAUUAGUAUAAAAACUCAAUCAAGUAUUAAUGCUGGGUGCAAAAAAACGUUAAAGCAGCUGGUUCUUAUUCAGCCUUAAGGAUUAACUUCAGAUUUCCUCAAGGAGUUAAACUCAAUUGGGGAAUUCUAGGAAUGUAUGCUACAAAACCAGAAGAAAAUGGGUUUUUUUUCUUUUUUCUUUUUUUUUUUUUUUUUUAAGGAUAUGACUUUUACAUAAAAUUGGGGGCAUUACACUACAUUUCUGCAGUGUUGACUCUGCAUGCUAAGUACAUUGUAUAUGGAGCUCUUACCAAAGAUGUAUGGGAAGAUAAAAAUACCGAAUUCACUUCUGAAAUUGAAUGCUUUGGACAACUUAAAAGUUCCUUUAGAAUAUGGUUCCAAAAGACUUGAUCUCGCUGUGGGUUGCAAAUGGGACUGAAUGGGAUCUUGAUGCCAGAAGAUAGAGCAUUGAUUGACUGUACGCCUUCCUAAGUUAAAGAGAGUCUGCAAAAUGUAGGAUAACUCUUAAAUCUCAGCUCUAAAGAAGAGGAGGUGAGUUUUCUUUUCCACUCAAGGCUUUUUGCCAUUGGAAUAUCACUGCUCUAUUUUCUAGCUUUUUUUUUUUUUCCUCUGUUGAUGUAACUUAACAAAUAGUGUGGUGGUAUAAAGACUAAAAAUACAAGAAUAUGGUUACUGUUUUCUUCUGGAGCAUAAAUAAAAUAGCCAAGCACAAAGUAAAUGCCUAAACUGGAAAACUUGAA